UCACGAAGAAAAAGAGGAAGAAAGAACUAAUGGGAUCGUUUAUCGUUUACGAAAAACUUCAAAACGCACAAGUGAAGCGAGCUUAAAAUUGUGUUGUGUGUCGGCUUGUAAAUUCAGUAUCUCGAAAGUAAGAACCACACGCUCGGCAACCUUCGGCAACCUUCCGACCGUGACACUCGAUUUGCCAUCAUUGUCGAUCGUAAUUCGUCGCAACUGAAAUUCUUUUCAUUUGCCUCCUGUUAUAUAUUCUCCUUCGGACGCACGAAUAUAGACAGACAGACAAUAAUAUCAUACUAACUAUUAUCGGUCUAGUUUUCCAAUCUUAAAAAGUAAUAAUUUCAAUAGGUCCGUUAAUUAAAUCGUGAUCAAAUUUUUCAUAGAGGAUCCAUCAUUAAAUCAACUUCAAACAAGAGUUAUACAGCAUCACGUUAUUUGUACAUUGUCCUUCCGUACGUGAUUCGCAAACUCGUUAACCGUUCGAAUUUUGAACUAACAGUGUUUCCUUGGUACAGUGUCGUUUCUAAAGAGAAAAAGAAGAAAAAAACAAAAAAAAAAAAAAAAGGAAAAAUCAGAAGAAAGAAGAGGAAAGUCACAUGGUGAUCGAAUAUUUUGUGAAAAUCAAGAAAGAGAAGCAAUUUACCAAAAAUCAACAACAUCGAUCGGGGAAAUCGAAUCAUUUCUUUCAUUGCAGACGCAUCACAACCAAAAGCAGUAAGGAUGGCUGGGUCUCCAGUUAUAGAAAAUGAGAACAGAAUGGAGACUGUUGACGAGUCUUCUUAUAGUACUUUAGAUUUCCUUCUACUUGGAACUCUACUUUUGGUAGCCAUAUGGUGGCUUAUGCGCAGAAAUAAGCAAGAAGAUACUACAUUUACUACUAAAUCAUAUUCCAUUCAACCAACAUCAUUUACAUCAUUAACACCAUCAGAAAAUUCUUUUAUAAAAAAGUUAAUAUCUUCUGGUCGAAGUUUAGUUGUAUUUUACGGUAGUCAAACUGGAACCGGUGAAGAAUUUGCAGGCAGAUUAGCCAAGGAAGGUAUCCGAUAUAAAUUGAAGGGUAUGGUUGCAGAUCCAGAGGAAUGUGAGAUGGAAGAAUUAACGCAUAUGAAAAAAAUUAAAAAUAGUCUAGCAGUAUUUUGUUUAGCCACGUAUGGAGAAGGUGAUCCUACAGACAAUGCAAUGGAAUUUGUUGAUUGGCUAAAGAAUGGAGAUCCAGAUCUUACAGGCCUAAAUUAUUCAGUAUUCGGACUUGGAAACAAAACUUAUGAACAUUACAAUGAAGUGGCUGUAUAUGUUGAUCAUAGAUUGGAACAAUUAGGUGCUACCCGUGUUUUUGAUUUGGGAUUAGGUGAUGAUGAUGCCAAUAUAGAAGAUGAUUUUAUUACUUGGAAGGACAAAUUUUGGCCAGCUGUCUGUGAAUUCUUUGGUAUUGAAGGUACAGGAGAAGAUGUCAGUAUUAGACAAUAUAAAUUAACGGAACAUGUUGAUAUUCUGCCUGAAUGUAUUUAUACUGGAGAAAUAGCACGUCUUCAUUCUUUUAAAAAUCAAAGACCACCAUAUGAUGCUAAAAAUCCUUUCUUGGCACCAAUCAAAAUCAACAAAGAAUUACAUGGUCCAACAUCUGAUAGAUCUUGUAUGCAUAUUGAGUUUGAUAUAGAAACAUCUAAAAUGCGUUAUGAAUCUGGCGAUCAUUUAGCUGUAUAUCCUGUUAACAGUGCAGAGUUAGUAAAUAAAAUUGGCGAAAAAUGUGGUAUUGAUUUAGAUACUGUAUUCACUCUUACUAAUACAGAUGAGGAAUCCACUAAAAAGCAUCCAUUUCCAUGUCCUUGUACAUAUAGAACUGCUUUAACUCAUUAUUUGGAUAUAACUGGUAAUCCAAGAACUCAUAUUUUAAAAGAGUUAUCAGAAUAUGCUAGUGAUCCAAUUGAUAAAGAGAAAUUAAAAUUGAUGGCUUCUACUAGUGCUGAAGGUAAAGCUGCUUAUCAGCAAUGGAUAGUACAAGAAAACAGAAAUAUUGUACACAUCUUAGAAGACAUCCCUAGUGUGAAACCAGCCUUGGAUCAUUUGUGUGAAAUUUUACCACGAUUACAAUGCCGUUACUAUUCCAUUUCUUCAUCGCCGAAGCUUCAUCCAAAUUCAAUACAUAUUACUGCAGUUGUCGUGGAAUAUAAAACACUAACAGGUAGAAUUAAUAAAGGUGUAACAACCAGUUGGUUAAAAGAAAAACAUCCUUCGAACCCGCCUUGCCUUGUUCCUAUAUUUGUACGAAAAUCACAAUUUCGUUUACCAACACGAUUGACUACCCCAAUUAUUAUGAUUGGACCUGGAACUGGUUUAGCACCAUUUAGAGGUUUUAUACAAGAACGAGACUUAGCUAAAAAGGAAGGUAAAGAAGUCGGUGAUACGAUUUUAUAUUUUGGAUGCAGAAAGAAGAAUGAAGAUUAUUUGUAUAGAGAAGAAUUAGAAGAAUACGUAAACAGCGGCAUGUUAAAAUUACAUAUUGCAUUUAGUAGAGAUCAGCCUCAGAAAGUAUAUGUAACACAUUUACUUGAAAAUAAUAAAGAAGAAAUAUGGAGAGUCAUUGGUGAACAAAAUGGUCAUAUAUACGUCUGUGGUGAUGCUAGGAAUAUGGCUCGUGAUGUACAUAAUAUAUUACUAAAAGUUGUAAUGGAAAAAGGAAAUAUGUCAGAUAAAGAAGCAACAGCAUAUAUUAAGAAAAUGGAUUCGCAAAAACGUUAUUCUAGUGAUGUUUGGAGUUGAAUGUUAUUUAAUAAUUUGAAUAUCUUAUAAAUUUAUAUAAAAUAAAAUUGUCUGUGCAAUAUUUGAUACAGACUAAUAUGUGAAUGUCAAACAUUGACUAUAUAUAUAUAUAUAUGUAAGAUUUUAUACAUUAUAAACUAUUAUAGAACGAUAAAAUGAGACUAUUAUAAUAUCUUAUAAAAUAGCUUUAAUUUUAUUAUCUAUAUGAUAAAGAUA